AUGUCUUCCCCUAUCCGCCUUGUCGACUAUUCGGAUUCCGAUGCGGACAUGGCUGAUGCCGCCUUUAUUGAAGAGCCUCAAAUGCGCCCUUCCAGCACUGAUCCUCCUCCGAAUGCUCCCACUGGCCCAAAGUCCACCAAGGCCACUGCCUUCAAGACUGGGUUCAAGAACAAUCCGCCAUGGCACUUCUCUGGUACUCCCUCUCCACAGACAAUGCAUCACCAUAUCCUGUACAAGAAGAAUGAGAGAAAGUACUUCAGCAUCACUCUCAUGCAACCUCCUGUCACGCCUUGGACUCCCCUUUCUUCCCGUCGGAACAUGGAGACUCGCCUUUGCUUCCAUACUGGUUCCCGUAUUCACGUUCUCGAUUGCGGACACACCGUCGCUGUACAGGGAAACGCCGAGCCCUGUGCCGCAAAUUGCAAGCCCCCCAUGGCCAGAAUCUCCUCCACCGGCUCCACCGUCCCGACGGCUUACGCAUCCGCAAUCAACAUCCACCGCUCCUCAACCGCUGAGACCGUGAAGGAACACAUUCAACUUCUCGAUGACAAUGGCGAUCCUAUGGCACAAGAGAAGUUCGCAGCCCACGUCGAUGUUCUUUGUAAGGUCUGGGACAACCAAGAUCAGGAACUCCGACCGCAGGUGGACCUGAUCUCCGGCAACUUCUCUUGCACCACAUGCGGCACUACGGCGCACCGCGCGACUAACCCCGCUGCACCCGUCCUUCGGGCUCCCUACCAUUGUAUUGUGGUUGGCAAAGACGAACACGACAUCGCUAUCAUCCACGAGCUUGGGAAGGGCAUCCAGCCUCAACAAUCUUCUCAAUCCUCCAUCAACUUCAAGACGACGAAGAAGCCACCUCCAAAGCGCUUGGGUCCUGCCAAUGACAGCGGACACCGGCGUUCUAGAGCGAUUGUGGGGCUGAAGGAGACUCCAGGUGAGACGAGGAAGCGCAAGAAUGACGCGUGGCACUCUGCGAUGCGGAGAAGGGAGAAGGAGGGAGUAAUGUCGAAGUUGAGGGAGGAUAACCUCAUGGAGGAGUUGGAUGCGAUGGGCUUGAAGAGCUGGUGA